AUCUACAGAGACUCCAUAUUGGAGGAAGAAGGAAAAACGGUGUCUCGCUCUCUCUCUCUCACCUCUCUCUUUCUUUCUCCUCCUCUGCCCCCAAAAUCCCGUCCACCUUCAUUCGGCUUUUUGAUGAUCGCUUGACGGUAUGAGGGUUCGAUCGAUCUGGGAGCGGUUCUUUUCUUUCAAUCUAUUGUUGUUGGCGGACUGAGUGGGUUUUGUCGGUUGUCGGCGUGCUUCGUGUUUGGAAAGAAGGCUCCUUCCGUCGGAAAUCCGUUGUUGGUCGGAGGGUUUGGUUGGUUUUGAAUUGGGUAUUUUGGAUUUGAUGGAUCUAGGGGGUCAAACGGCGUUGUGAUUGUGGAAAAGGGUUGGGUGAAUGAGGAUGGGAUUGGAAUCGUCUGGAGAAUCAGGCCGUUUGAGCAAUUGCGGAUUCGCUGAAUGAAUCUUUCGAUUGGAUUGGGUUGGUUUGGGACUGAUUAGAGCCGGGUCAUGGGUGAUGAGCUUGCUUCUGCUAAUGAUGGCGACUCGCAACAGCAGCCGCCCUCGGAGCCGGCCCCUCUAGGUGCGGCUUCGCCGUCUCCGUUGCCGUCGUUGGUGAAGUUGCGAUGGUCUCCGAGCCAGCUCGUCUUCCGCCCCUACUCUAUGCCUGCCGAAACUGCAAACAAGUCCCAGGCUUUGCGCGUUGUCGUGAGAAAACCCCUUUUGGCCAAGCUAACCAAGGACAUAGUUGAAACAUACCAAACGUGCAAUGCUCAGUUCAAGUAUUCUGAAGAAUUGAACCCAAAACGAUUCCUGACAAGCCCAUCAAUAGGAGUUCUCAAUGAUGGCUAUGAUAAUGCGAACUCAGAUCUGAUUCUGAAUGUGAACUAUGUCUUGGUCAAUUUAGAAACACAGCGAAGAUAUGUUGUCAAAGAUGUUCUUGGCCAUGGGACAUUUGGGCAGGUUGCUAAAUGCUGGGUUGAAGAAUCGAACAGUUUUGUUGCUGUGAAGAUUAUCAAAAACCAACCUGCGUAUUAUCAACAGGCACUUGUUGAAGUCUCUAUUCUGACAACGUUAAAUAAGAAGUAUGAUCCUGAUGAUCGGCAUCAUAUUGUUCGUAUUUAUGAUUUCUUUGUUCAUCAACGUCAUUUGUGCAUUUCUUUUGAACUGCUGGACACAAACCUGUAUGAGCUUAUCAAGCUAAACAACUUCAGGGGAUUAUCAUUGAGCAUUGUUCAAUUAUUCUCAAAACAGAUUUUGCGUGGGUUGGCUCUGAUGAAAGAUGCUGGUAUCAUUCAUUGUGAUUUGAAGCCAGAAAAUAUUCUUCUGUGCACAAGUGUAAAGCCAGCAGAAGUCAAAAUUAUUGACUUCGGAUCAGCAUGCAUGGAAGAUCGGACUGUCUACUCCUACAUUCAGAGUCGUUACUAUAGAUCCCCUGAAGUUCUGCUUGGAUAUCAGUAUACUACUGCUAUUGACAUGUGGUCUUUUGGGUGCAUAGUUGCUGAACUGUUUCUAGGGUUGCCAUUAUUCCCAGGAGCAUCAGAAUUUGAUCUUCUCAGGCGAAUGAUAGAAAUCCUUGGGGGACAACCUCCCGAUCAUGUACUAAGGGAGGCAAAAAAUACCAGCAAGUAUUUUAAGUGCAUUGGGAGUGUCCACGUUGUAGAGAGUGGUGAAGUUUCCAUUGGUGGCAGAAGUGCUUUUCAGGCAUUAACAGAAGAAGAAUAUGAAGCUAGGGAGUUGAAAAAACCAACAAUUGGAAAAGAAUAUUUCAAUCAUAUGAAUCUCGAGGCAAUUGUUACAAGUUAUCCUUACAGGAAAAACUUGCCUGAAGAAGAUAUUUCCAAAGAAAGUCAAACACGAUUAGCUCUUAUUGAUUUCUUGAGGGGACUUGUUGAGUUUGAUCCUGCAAAACGGUGGUCACCUUUUCAGGCUUCAAAACACCCUUUUGUCACAGGGGAGCCUUUCAUAUGCCCUUACAAACCUCCAUCAGAGACCCCUCGAAUGCCUGUUUCUCAAAAUAUGAAGAUUGACCAUCACCCAGGUGGAGGCCACUGGUUUGCUGCUGGUCUUUCUCCUAAUAUUUCUGGCAGGAACAGAGCUGUUCUUCAUAAUAGUCCACAUUUUCAGAUGGUGCCACAUGGUUAUGCCAGCAGUUAUGGUAGUUUAGGAAGCCAUGGUAGCUAUAAUGAUAGUGCUGUGCUUGGAAACAGCUAUGGAAGCUACGGAGAUAAUAAUAAUAUGUUUGCAUAUUUUUCGCCUGUUGGUCCAUCGGGGAUGAAUGUACGUGCACAGGGCGGUGUGUCAAUGCUUGGAACUAGUCCUGACGCAAGGUUGAGAUUUAUCCAGAGGCCACAUGGAAAUGGACUUGGUGUUAGUCCAUCUGCAGGUAAUUUUGCACCACUGCCCCUUGGUACUAGUCCCUCACAAUAUACUCCUCCAAACUCCCAUGGGCAAUCUCCUGGACACUAUGGUCCAACUUCUCCAGCAAGAAGUUGUUGUCAUGGAUCACCUUUAGGAAAAAUGUCUGCAGCUGGCCAGAUUAGCAGAAGAAAAAGUUGGGGAUAUUCUGGUAAUAUGCAAUCCCAAGAGAGUUUGUCAUCUGCACAAUGGCAAGGGCAUUUUACUGAUUGUCCCAGCUCCAGCCAGGCCGAAGGAAACUCCCAAGCAGUUGGUGGUUCUCCCUUGCAUCUGCAGACAAACUAUAAUUCCACAAGCUGGAAGCAACGGGGAGGCAUUGGAAUCAGCGCUGGUUAUCCUAGUCAUCAAAACCUGCCAAGUUCUUCCACGCUUGGGUCAAAUUUUCAAUUCACGCAAGCCACAGUGGCUGCCCAUGACAAGCCUGAGGCUAGUCAAUCAUUACCUGAUCCUGGAGAUUGGGAUCCAAACUAUAGUGAUGAGCUGCUUUUGCAAGAUGAAAGUUUGGAAGCAUGCUGCUUAGCCAGUGAAUUUGGAAGAGGAAUGAAUCUCAGUCAAGCUUUUGCUUCUGCAGAACCAUUGAUUGGAGUCGGAAGAUUCAACUGCGCAUCAAGCUCAAGCAUAGCCAUCCAAAGAACAAAUGGGCCUGUUCAAGCAUUCUCACAUGUAGAAGUCAGUAGCCCUCCUUCAGCUCAUGAUCCACAUGUUGGAUAUGUCCGUUCUAUGUCAAAGUCUUCAAAUUUCAUGCCUCACAUCUCACAGAAUUCUUUAAGCCGUUUGGGACAGCAACCAGUUCCGCGGUUCAAUCCUGGGAGAUCUAUGGCUGUUCGUGGAAGUGAAUGGAACCAUAUCAAGGUCCAACCCCCUCCUACCAGCUUCAACUCUGGAGGCCCACAUUCUCCUGGAACCAGCUCCGUCAGUAAUGGCAUGGCAUGGGGUACUCUCUCAACUCCAAAAAGCCUUGCCGCUCCAUUGGUCCACCUUUUUUUUUUUUUUAAUUCCUUUUCUGUUUUCCUAUUUUUUCCUCUUUCCAUUUACUUUCACGCAGUCCAGUUUAAAGUCAUGUCGGAAAAGGCCAAACCACUGUUAAGAGUGUAAAAGGAGGGAGGGGAUGAGCACAUAUGUUUUUUAACUGAUUGUAGCAUUCUGUUGUAGGACGCCGGACCAAUCAUCCUAUCUUCAACAUUCCACCGGCAUCCCAUGGAAGGAAAGACUAUGGAAGGAUUGCCUGACAUUGGAAGAUUUCCUGCUGCAAGGGGAUAUAUAUUGGGUUGGCAAGAAAAGUUGUAUUAAAUGGUUCUGCCUCAAUAGCAGGCACCUUUGUUGGAAAUCCUCUUGCAGACCAUGCUUAUUCAUUGUGUUUGCAUAAAUAUAAUUUAUGGUUAUGGCUUUCUCAUCUUUUGAUCACAUUGCAUUCAAUCAAAAUCAUUCAAUCCUGCUUGAGCUUUGAA